UCUUUAUUUUGAAAGAACACUUCCGGUGACCGAUAAACUUUAGAAUAACGAUCACACAAAUCUAGUCUUGUUAAAACGCCGUCCAAGAUUCCAGUGGAGCCGAGGACAGGAAGCUGAUUUUGUCGUCGCUGGUGAGUGAAGCAGCUGCUGUCUGACUGUUCUGCUCUAGAGACCAGAGCGACGAGAGGUUGUCGAGUCAAAGCAGGCUUUCAGUUGAAGAGACUUCUCAGGACGAUGAGCACUCACGUGAAGUUCAAGAAGGAGCGAGCGGGCGCUGUGGACUACGACACGCAAGUCAAAGAGGUCCGUGGCCAGCUGGUGGAGCAGCUGAAGGUUCUGGACCUGCAGCUGGAGCAGAAGAGCCAGCAGCUGCAGGACCUGAGCGAGUACCUGCGGCGGCGAGGGGAGAUGGAGAGCGAGUACUCGCGGGCGCUGGAGAAGCUGGCCGAGAGGUUCACGCACAGGAGCAAGAGGAAGGAUCCUAGCAGCCUGUCGGUGUCACGGCUCUGGCAGUCGCUGCUGUCCCAGACCCGGCAGGAGAGCAAAGACCACAGCGGCCUGGGCGAUGCCUGCGCCAGCCUCCUGCUGCAGCCACUCGCGCUCUGCCUGGAGUCCACGCAGCGGCUCGCCAAGAAGAGUAAAGACAUGUGCGCUCUGCUGCAGGACGGUCUCCUUAAGGUCACCACGGAGCUGCAGACCGCGUGGAGGACGUACCACCAGUACCACUCGGACUACGUGAACGCAGAGGGGAAGCUGAAGGAGGCGGAGAAGCAGAAGCAGAGCAACAAGAAGCUGGAGCGGCUGAUCGAGAAGAGACAGGGAAAGGUGCAGGACAUCCACCUGAAGGUCAGCAAGGCCAGGAACGACUACCUGCUCAACCUGGCUGCCGCCAACACCUCGGUCCACAAGUACUACCUGCAGGACGUGGCCGCCCUCAUCGACUGUGCAGAUUUGGGCUACCACCUGUCCCUCAGCCGGGUGAUGCAGGCCUUCCUGUCCCGUCAGAAGCAGGUCCAGCAGAACCUGAGCUCGGGCCUGCAGCAGCUGCAGGUGUCCGUGUCUGGGCUGGACCAGGGCCGGGACAGAGAGGCUCUCCUGCAGGAGCACCCGUCCACCUUCUGCCUGCCGGCCCGCUUCCUCUACCUGCCGCACGAGGGGGACCAGGUGUCGCAGGUCAGUGCUGAUGGUGAGGUGAGGUGUGAGCUGGAGACCCGCUUCAGACAGAUCCAGGCCCGGCUCAAGACGGUCGGUGAGGAGACCGAGGGGGCGGGGCGCCUGAUGUCCUCGGCUCGGCACACUCUGCUGGACAGCGUGGGCGAGGUGGACCUCAGCAGCGGGUCCACCCCGGACGGCGGCGGAGAGAGGCCCAGCGCCGCUCGCCGCAGAGCCACGCUGGUGGAGACGGAGAGCCUCUUCCUCACCAGCAUGAAGGAGUUCCUGGUCAGCAGCUCUCUGGCGUCCAAGCUGAAGGCCAAGCACGACCUGCUGGAGGAGGCGGUGGGGAAAGAAGCAGCUAACGGACACCAGCCCAGGAGCAGCAGGAAGCACUUCAGGAAGACUCAGUCCAGCACCUGCCUGCUGCACAACCAGCAGCUGUUUGGAGGGGACAUCCUGCCCUUCAUUCAGGCGUCUGGGCAGCCGGUUCCUCUCAUUGUGGAAAGCUGCGUCCGCUACAUCAACCUGAGCGGUCUGCAGCACGAGGGCAUCUUCCGGGUCCCCGGUUCUCAGGCGGAGGUCAACAGCCUCAGGGACGCCUUUGAGCGAGGCGACGACCCGCUGGAAGAGCAGAGCUACGACCUGGACUCGGUGGCUGGGGUCCUGAAGUUGUACUUCAGAGGUCUGAAGAACCCGCUGUUCCCCGUGGAUAGCACCAGCUCGUUGCUGGAGUCUGCACAGAGCAAAGACGACGCAGAAAGAGCGGCUCAGCUCAGGACUGUGGUGCUGUCCUUCCCUCCACCGCUGGUGGUCGUCAUGAGAUACUUGUUCGCCUUCUUGCAUCACGUGUCCCAGUACAGCGACGAGAACAUGAUGCAGCCGUACAACCUGGCGGUGUGCUUCGGGCCCAGCCUGGUGCGGGGCUCCAGCGACGACGACGCCGUCACCCUGCAGCCGCAGAUCAACCAUCUGGUCAAGAGCUUGAUCGUCCAGCAGGAGAACAUCUUCCCCGGCCAGGAGCAGGUCCCCGGCCCCGUCUAUGAGAAGUGCAUGACCCUGGAGCCAGACGACUGUGAGCCCAUGGUGGAGGAGGGAGAGCUGGACGCUGACGGCUGCCAGAGCAGAGCGGACGCGGAGGUGGGACCUGCAGCAGCGGAUAAGAGCGAGCGCCCGCGCCACCCAGCAGGGGGCGCCAGCGUCACAGGCACGAAGAAGAUGCUGCAGCUGCCCAGUGGGCCCCUGGGCCGGCAGAGGAGGGGCCCCGGUCCGGGCUACGCCAGAAAAGAGCCUCCGCUUCAGGGCCUGCCAGAGGACGCGGUCACAGUGGACAAGGAGGUGUGUCGUCAGAUGGACUCUGUCUUCAGGGAACUUCUCACCAAGAAGACACUCCAGGAGCCGUCGGCCGUCGGCGUCCAGGGGCAGAAGGAGGCGGGGCCAGGCCGAGGAGCUGGGCUCUUCAAAGCUCCCGGCCCGGACUGAACUGCUGGACUCGGGACACAAACACUGUGAUGCCUGUGAAAAUGGAUCAACUCAUUUUUACUUGGGUCUGUGAGCGCCGACAAAUGGUCUUCUCAUCCAUGUGUUGUCAGAGUGUUUCAGCACCCGGAGUCUGAGCCGCUCGCUGGAAACCAGAGGAACUUUUGAUCUGGUUUUCAUGCUUCUGUGAACCGGGCCGGUUCUCCUGCAUCCUUCUGUCUCAGUGAACACUCUUGGGGUUUUUAUGUAUAAACGAUGAACAUUUCAAUAAAAAUAGAUCUCUCCCCUUUCUCUUCUGAA